AUGUUUGACAUAACAAAUGCAAACGUUGGUGAAACAAGAAGAAGAGACGACACACUGAAACAACAGAGAAGAGAGAUGUUUAAAAGUGCUAUAGAACAAGUUCGCAAAGCUAACGAUGUCAUUCGUUCCAUUGACGACAAACCAAAAGAAGGUGAGAGAUGGUUAAAGAAAGAUGAAGAGAAUAGGAAGAGGAAUGUUAAGACAGGCAAUAGACUCAUUGACUUUAACAUCGAAGCUUUAGAUGAACCAAACAGAGACUACUUACACAAACAUUUCGGUAAGAUUUUCAUGAGACUCUUAGAGAAGAUUAAAAUAAACUCCCAACAAAGAUGGAUGGUAUGUUAUAAACUUGGUGGAAAGUAUGAAUGUUCUACGUUAAACCUCAAUAAUAUUGGAACAUUACUACAUCAGCUCUUGAAGGAGAACUUUAUAUCAGAGAUAGAAGCAAAUGCUGCAGGUAUUGUUGAAAUGCACUAUGACUUCUUCUUGACAAACAUAAAGAAUCUUACUGAAAUAAAGAUGUAUGAUUUAACAGAAUAUGAAGGCUUAACGAUGUCAGAUGUUAAGAAAGGCAAACCAAAAAAGAGACCAUAUAAAGAUGAAAGCACACUGACAAAUGACCAGAAAGCCAUUUUGGAAGCUCUUAAGCAAACAGGAAACCCAGCACUUAUAGAAAGCUUUUGGAAAGAUAAUGGUGAAAAGAAGUUUUAUAAGAAGAGAAGCGGUCAGUUCUGGAAGUAUCUUUGCACAUUACCUAUAAAUCUUGAACGCUACCAAAUUUUCAAUGAAUUGAACAAAAGAACUGCAACACUUAUGACAGAAGACAAUUGUUUC